GUCCAAACUCGAAAGUGAUUCCAAGCGCGCAGUUAAGCACUUAAGCUAACUAGCUCUUAGCCAUGGCUAAGAAUUCCAUGACUCUUCCCAUUUUAAGCAUCUCCCUUGCCUUUUUCUUCUUCUUUCUGAUCACUUUUCCGGCUACCGGAGAAGAGCAAAUCUUCGGAAAGGCGGUAGACCGGAAAUCUCUUGGACUCAAGAAGGAAAAAGCAAGUCAUUUCCGCUUCUUUUGGCACGACGUUCUUAGCGGGACCAAGCCAACCUCAGUCAUAGUCAUCCCGCCGGCGAAAAACUCGUCGCCGAUGACCAUCUUCGGGCAGACAAACAUGAUGGACAACCCGCUAACUAUAGGGCCGGAUCUGAGCUCCAAGUGCGUCGGAAGAGCCCAGGGGAUCUAUGCUGCGGCGGGUCAGGACGAGCUUGGGUUCUUGAUGGUGAUGAACCUGGCUUUCAUUGAGGGCAAGUACAACGGCAGCACCCUCACCGUGCUCGGCCGGAACCCGGCGUUACAGAAGGUCCGGGAGCUGUCCAUCGUCGGCGGCAGUGGGCUUUUCCGGUUCGCUCGCGGCUACGUUGAGGCCAGGACUCAAUGGCUUGAUUUAAAGACAGGCGAUGCCACGGUUCAAUAUGAUGCUUAUGUGUUGCAUUAUUGACCCACCAUCGGCUAUAAUUUGUUUGUCUCUUUAAACCAUUAAUUAAUUAUAUUAUUAAAAGAAUUGAACUUUUCUAUUUGAGGUGUUUUGGAGUUGAAUUUUUUAUUAAAUUUUGUGACCAUGUAAGCUAUUGAAACAUAAAUUAUGAUCCCAAAAUUUCAGUUCCAAAUUCGAUCGGGAAGUCAGUUAAAUAUAUUAUUAAAAAACAUUGUGUUUUUUGUAUACAAUUUGAUAUAGUGAUUUUCAAUAAUUUAUUUAACUUAUUUCCCGAUUGAAAUUUACUUUGAAAUUUUUGAACAUAAUUUACAUUUUAUUAAAAAACAUUCUCACAAAUUUCAUCAAAAAAAUUAGCUCCCAAGCAGGGGCGGAUCUAGGAUUCAGAGAUGCCCUGGGCUUAAUAAGAAUUAUACUAGGCUUAAAUAUUAUAGGGGUGAGCUAAAUGUGAAAAAUGAACAAAUUUACACUAAAAAAUUAAAAAAGUUCUCAGUUGCCCUGUGCUUCAGCAUAUCAUAGUCCGUACAUAGAUCCUCCCCUGCUCCCAAGCAUCUCAAAUGGACAAGUUGGAAAGGUGAUCCUGAUCAAAACUACGUAACAGUAUCAUUACUCUAGACAAAUAAAAGUGUGUUAGUACGAAAUAGGGGUGUUAGUACAAGAGUAGUUCCUUGGUGCUUUAAUUUAAAAAAAAGAUGUCCUUAAUCAUGAUGGACCGACGGAAUUUCUAGGACCACUAUGUUGUGGACCAGUAUGCUACUAUGCUUUGAGGCAUUUUAAGCUUUUGUACUAUUCUUAGUGUUUGUCCUCUUUAUUUGACUAUUUUGUUUACACUUAAUGUUACAUGAUCAACCUACUCAUCAUGUUUUCC